GGCGAUAUACGACUCGCAGCCUUCCGUAGCGAAGCCCGCAGCCACUUCGCCAGUGAUGGCAACACCAUCUUCCCGCCCUUUGGGAGCCCGGAGUCCGGCGAGGCUGCCCGUUGGUCUGUCAAGUUAGCGUCCGGCUCCGAAUAGCUUGUCCAGCAACCCCCAACGCCAAGGAACAUAAUCUCACCGGAUGUCUGGCUACCUCCGUCUGGGUAACACAAGAAGGAUUGGGAGGCAGCCUCGAAACGGGUGGGAUCGGUGGUGGCGUGCCACGGUGGUUUGUUAACUUUGUCCUUCGUUGUUCCACUUCCCAGCCCGUUUGUCCUCCCCUCCGUUGUCCCCUCUUCCGUCUUUCCCACUUUCUUUGAUGCCCACUAUCAAAACGAUCAACACCCCUUCUCAAUCUUUUAUUUACUUCAACAUGCGGAUCUUGCCAUCGGCGCUCUUUCCUUAUCUCCUGUUAGGGUUGGGGAAAACCCAGGAGCUGGCAGUCGAGGUUCCUACCAAGGAGAACUUCUUGCGACGCGAGGGCCAUGCCGUGGCCGUUAUGGGAAACUACCUUUACAUUGAAGGCGGCGAGAUCUCCCAGAUUGUCAACGGAAGUGAUCAACCACCCCCUCCUUUGACAUACCCCUACCCAGUCAACAAAACCCUCGCCAUCACCCUCAACAAGUCCUGGAGGACCGACACUGUAACCUUCGAAACGAUCGAUAAAGGCUCCCACUCGACCGUGAGAGGGAACGUGCUUUGGAGUCACCCAGAUGGGAAAAGACUAUACAGUUGGGGCGGCACUGCGCCGUUCGAGAUUCCAAACACCGAUUCGAUAACCCCAAGACUGCGUGUGUUUACUAAAGAUGGCGGGCCCGGGCCUGGUGGAAAAUGGGAAUACUCGGGAGUCCCACCCCUCUCGCGCGAGCCGUACAUCCUCCGCACCGACUUCGGAACUGGAGCCAGCUGCAACGGUGUGGGCCUCUACAUGAGCGGUGCGGGCAAUCGAGGAUCUGACAGCGGCAUCGCCACCAAGUACGGUAACAGCUCCGGCCCCUUCGCAGUCCAGGGCCUCGUCACCUACAACAUGAACUCGCAAGGCUGGACCAACGAGUCGCUGUCCAGGGACGGCGACCCCGCGUUCGGUCCGCGCAGCCGCCCCAACCAGCACGACGGCGCCGCCGUCUGCCUGCCCGACAACGUCGGCACCAGAGGCGGCGGCCUCGCCUUCUUCCUCGGCGGCUGGCAGCCCCACACAGUCGGGACGAGGGACCCCCAAAGGGUCACGUUCCGCGAAGUCUUCUUCUACGACGUCGCGACCCAGAGGGCGUACAAACAGGUCACCUCUGGCGAGCCGCCGGACUCGGGUGUCGGUGUGUGUGCCGUCGUCGCCGGCGGGAAGAAGGCGUCGCCAUCCUCGUACGAAAUCUUUCUUGUCGUCCCCGAGGCCCGCGACCCCGGUGCCGUCUACAUCUUGACGGUGCCUGGGUUCCACUGGUUCAAGGUCCCGUACGAAGGCGCGACCAGGGACCUGAACCGAGAGCGGCACCGCUGCGCCGUCGACAACCGCGGGGGCCGUCAGAUGAUCGCUCUCGGAGGGAGGGCCAGUACUCCGCAGACAGUUCCACACUGGCUGCAAAAGGACCCUUGGAUCAACGGGCUCAAGGUCCUAGACCUGACGAGCUUGAGGUGGGGGGACGAGUACAACGCCGAUGCCCCUCCCUACGAAGUGCCUGACAGGGUCAAAGAGUGGUAUGCCAAGGAAUACAAAGGCUUGGACUCGAUCAGAUGGAGCGGCGACGGCAGCAUGAAGGCGCUUUUCUCCUCCAUGCCCGCUCCACCGCAGACUCAUCGCAGGUUCCGCAGCAGCCAGGCGACGCGGUCCCCGUCGGGGCCAUUGUGGGAGGUGUGGUUGGAGGCGUGGCCGCGCUGGCCGCCGCGGGUGCGCUGGCUUGGUUUUGUCUCCGUCGCAAAAAGCAACGACAGCAGCAGCAGCAAUACCAAGGACAGCCCGCCACGGACACCUCAACACACGAGCAGAUCGCCAUGCUGAGAACGAACAGCCAGGGGCAGUGGCCCAAAACACAAGGAGCGGGCGGGACUCCGCUAGAGCUGCCAGACGGCGAAAUCCCAUACUCUGGACAUGCUCAUGAAAUGGCCUCACCUCCGGCAUUACACGAGCUUCCAGCAUCGCAGCGUUAGUGUGGUUUGCAAAUAUUGAAUAUUACGGCAACCGUGGAAAGCGGGCGGCAGGGGGCCUGGGUUUACAGUCCUGCCGGAUUCAGGGCCAAAAAUCACAAGUAUUAGAGUCGUCGAGGGUUGGUGACGAAGGAUCACAGGCAGCAUGUCAGGAGGUGCUGGGUAGCGGGCCCGACACGGCGAGCAAUUUGGAAAUUCGCCUCUUUUUUCAUUCUGCAUUUAUUUCAUAGAUCUGUUUCUCAGAUAUAUCUCUUGUGCAAGGCUUCCUGACUGUUAUAA